AUGAAAACCCUAAAUCAACCCCAAUCUCUCUCCUCCAAUUCCGUAAAUCACACUCCUUCUUGCUGCAGAUUCCCAAAUCAACCCUCACCUGUCUCAUCCACACCAUUGUCGCUUACGUGUUCUUCUUCUACCCCUUCCCAAUGCAUUGAUAAAGCUUCCUCCUCCAAUUUUUCAAAUUUAGCCAAUCAGACUCAACACUUGCAUCGUUCCACCGAAUCAUGGGUGAAAGUAUACAUUUCCAUCGCCAAUUUCUUCAGAUUUCUGAGAAAAGAGUUCGAUGACAUAAUUCCUCCAUCAAUCCAAGGUUUUUUCUGGUCAAAGAUCGUUUCUUUAUUGCUGAAAAAAGAGGAUAAAGCAGCAUUGAGAAUUGAACAGUAUUGGGAUGCCAGCUUGGUGGCCAAUGAGUUUUAUGUGGCUGCGCAGAGUCAUCUACCAACUCUUGUCGCAAACAACUCUAGCUGUCUGAGAGUUGCAAGGUUUGACAAGAAGUCCCUGUUGCAGGCGGUGGAGGAAGGUCAAGAAGCGAUGGAUCAGUUUGAAGGGAUAAAUAUCGGAUGGAAACUAGAGGCUGAGGCAUCCGACAAAGCAUUUAGCAAUGUGAAAAAAGCAAUAAUUUUGAGCUUUAAUCACAACUGCAGGGAGAAAGUUAUCCACCAAUAUCUCCCACAUCUGGUUAAGUUGCAUGAAUGUAAAGUGUCUCAGGUAAAGGUUCCUAAAAUAUUUUCUUACGAGGGUUAUUGGGUUGGAAAUGAAUUGUCCCACCCUGCAAGCAUGGAAACGCUUGCCAUUGAUCCUUGUCUUAAAGAUGCCAUAAUCGAAGACUUGGAUAGAUUUCUCAGGAAGAGGGGCUACCUGUUGUAUGGUUCUCCUGGAACAGGCAAAUCAAGUCUCAUCGCAGCAAUGUCAAAUUAUCUAAAAUUUGACAUCUUUGAUCUUCAAUUGUCUAGUGUGACUUCUGAUGCUAAUUUGAAGAAGAUGGUGUUGAGCACCCCCAGACGAUCUAUGAUCAUUAUUGAAGAUAUUGAUUGCAAUAAGGAGGUGCACACACACUCUGCUGGGAAAAUGAGUGAAGAAGCUGACAAGCACAAGUUCACCCUAUCAGCCAUGCUCAGUUUUAUGGAUGGCCUCUGGUCAGGAGCUGGGGAAGAGAAGAUCAUCAUUUUCACCACCAAUCACAAGGAGGUGUUGGAUCCGACCCUUCUCAGGCCUGGGAGGAUUGAUUACCAAAUCAACAUGUCAUACCUUAAAUCUAAGGCCUUUGAGAUUUUGGCUAAGAACUAUCUCGGAGGUGAGCAUCAGGAUCAUCCGGCUUUUAAAGAAAUUCAGCACCUUCUUGAAGUGUUAGACAUCACGCCUGCCGAAGUUGCUGAAUAUUUUCUUCGCUUUGAGGGUGCAGAAUCAGCUCUAGGAGGCCUUUUAAACUACCUGAAGAAACAGCAAAGGAGAAAGGAAGACACUUCUCCAUAG